CUAGAACAAAUAUUGUCCAGACUCUUUGUGUCGCCUCUCAGAUGUGCUUCAGGGAGUGAGCCGCCACAGAGAGGAGGCUAUUUAUGUUUGUUCGUGAGGUCGACAAAUACUUCUUUCAAGCUCCAUCAAACCAUCAGGUCUGCACGGGCCAGAGGGUCAUUGCACGUCGUGGGCCUUGCCUGCCGUGCUCCCCUCUCUGUCACUGCUCGAAGCCUGGGAGGACGCUUUUGAAAGGAAUCAGGAGAUUACUUAUCAGUCUGAAGCCCUACAGAGUUAUGAGUACUGCUCACUGCCAAAGGGAAGGGGAUUUUGAGUGAAAGUCCCACAUCUGUGCACAGUAGAGUUCAAAGAUUCCAGCUGUCGGAAGGUCUUGCGAGCAAUAGCCAAAGAUGUUUAUCUUGCUCUAUGUUACGAGCUUUGCCAUUUGUGCAAGUGGACAACCUCGGGGUAAUCAGUUCAAAGGAGAGAGCUACUCACCAAGGUACAUCUGCAGCAUUCCCGGCUUACCUGGACCUCCAGGCCCCCCUGGAGCAAAUGGCUCCCCUGGGCCCCACGGUCGGAUCGGCCUUCCAGGACGAGAUGGCAGGGACGGCAGGAAGGGAGAGAAAGGAGAAAAGGGGACGGCAGGUUUAAGAGGUAAGACGGGACCCCUGGGCCUUGCUGGAGAGAAAGGGGACCAAGGAGAGACUGGGAAGAAAGGACCCAUGGGACCAGAGGGAGAAAAAGGAGAAGCAGGUCCAGUUGGGCCUCCUGGACCAAAGGGAGACAGAGGAGAGCAAGGGGACCCAGGGCUGCCUGGAGUUUGUAGGUGUGGAAGCAUCGUGCUCAAAUCUGCCUUUUCUGUUGGCAUCACCACCAGCUACCCAGAAGAAAGGCUACCAAUCAUAUUUAACAAGGUCCUCUUCAAUGAGGGAGAACAUUACAACCCUGCAACAGGGAAGUUCAUCUGUGCUUUCCCAGGGAUCUAUUACUUUUCUUAUGAUAUCACAUUGGCGAAUAAGCAUCUGGCAAUUGGGCUGGUACACAAUGGGCAGUACCGGAUAAAGACCUUCGACGCCAACACAGGGAACCAUGAUGUGGCUUCGGGGUCCACAGUCAUCUAUCUGCAGCCAGAAGAUGAGGUCUGGCUGGAGAUCUUCUUCACUGACCAGAAUGGCCUCUUCUCAGACCCAGGUUGGGCAGACAGCUUGUUCUCUGGAUUUCUCCUGUAUGUUGACACAGAUUAUCUAGAUUCCAUAUCAGAAGAUGAUGAGCUGUGAUCAGAACUGCUGACUUCACUUUCUAAGAUCUUUGUGGUAAAUACUUUUAUUUAAUCUGGGGCCCUAGAAAGUGGAACAAGCAGAAAUGUGAUCCAAAGAGACUCCCACUCAGAUUCCAGAGUAUUUACACAGUUGUAGCGGAAUCUAUUAAAACAAGAUGAACCACCAAAUGGUUCUAAAGUCAUUAAAUCUAUUAAAACAAGAUGAACCACCAAAACGAAUUACAUAAAACAAUAAUCCCCAAUACAAAUGGUUUUAAAAGGGAUGGUCAUAAAUAUUUAAACAACAUAAAGACAAUGUUAACAAAUUUUCUCUUAAAAUCCCUCAGUGAUAAAACCCAGUUGGCAACGAUACUGUCUCAUUAAAUUUUCAUAAAAUAACAUUUUGCCUGUUAUUUAAGAGAAUCAUAAUAUCCCAGACAAAGUCUUUGACAAUUCUCCAAAGGCUAUAGUUAGUCAAAAACCAAAGGUAAGAGAUAUUAAUUUCAAGCAAGUGAAGUGAUAAUUUCCUUUGUUUUAUUAUUCAUUCUUUCAUGCUUGUAUAUAUUCACUCGACCACUCUUUAACCAGCCUGUAUGAUGCUGGGUCAGAUUUAGAAAUGAGUCAAGACAAAAUCUCUACUUUCGUACAGGCUAGUGUGUGGUAAACAUAGUGUCACAAUUCAGUUUUUGAGCACUAAUGGCCAACAGGCUGACUAAAUUCUGGAGGCAUAGGAGACCUCCAGAGGCCUUCCUGGAGGCGGGGGCCAGAGAAGGUCUAACAAAUGGAAGAACACUAAGUAGGCUAAGAUGCAUGUGUUUAAGUAGGUGGGAGGGAUGGAAGGACACAAGGAAUUCAGCAGCUGCAUUCACUCCAAUCCCUUCCUCACAACACCAUUGGUACUUGCAGUCAGGAAGGGGAGAGAAGCCUAGAGAUUGGGGGGCCUGGGAGGGGCAGUGGGAAUGAAGAACAACAAGUCACCGAAACCGGCCAGUAGGUCAUUCUUCUAAAUCCUUUCACGUGAUUGUUUCCCAAGACGAAUAGCCGUCCUCUCGUGUUCUCACAACUCAGGGCGCUGCUUUAACAUUGCAGGAAAACUAUUUCUCGUGAUUUCCUAGGUACUGAAUUCAAAUAAAACAAAGCACAUAUCCCCUGAUUUAUGAGUGAGCGGCUGGGAGUGAUCAGGAGGAGGAGGGUGAGGGAGCAGAUGUCUGAGCGAACAGCUGUGCCUUCCAGGCCCCACACCUCCCGCAGCCCCACUCUCCCUUCCUGUCGGCAUCUUGUUCCGCACUGAGCUGCAGUUCCUCAGUUACUCUCACCCAUGAUUCUCGCUCACCUGCCAAUCCCUUAGCUGAUAGGAAGAGUAUUUCCCUACCCUCCCAUUUAGUAGCUUCUAAUCCUCCUUCUAAGCAUUCUGUCUGCUCGGUCUUUUAACCAAUAUUGUGUCAUACCUGCUAAACGUGAGUCGCCACACCGAGUUCCGUGUCGGUGGAGGAGCACCAAGAUGAAUGUGACGCAGGCCCUGCCAGCAAACUUCGAAGGAUGCACGAAAGGAAAUGACAUGCAUUUACCUACUCAAAAUAUCAAGAAUUAUGGAAAUGGACAUGCUAAAAUAUGUCAAGUGCUAAACUGGAGAUAGAGACAAAAUGUUGUAGAAGAAAUGCUGAGGCGGAAAUAUUUACUCCCAAGUUUGGGGUGAGAGAGGAGAGCUAGGUGAGUCUCCUCUGUGCCCUGGGCUGCAAGUGAUAGAUGGGACUUGGCAUAGUCAAAGUGGGGGCAAGAGCACUUCAGACAGGCGUCAUAAUGGGGACAAAGCUUAGAAGAGAGACAGAGACCCAGAGGAGGAACCCAUGAGCCGUAUUUGCAAGAGCCUCAAAUGUCAGCCUGAGGACUGGGGACUCCAUUCAUGAGGAAGGAUAGAGCCCCCAUGCGUUCCAGAGCCGCGUGCUGUCAUUAUCAGAGGUGACAUUCCCAACGAUCAGGCAGCUAGGUGCAUGAGCAACCCUUGCUUCUCCCAUCUGUCAGACCUAUCUGGAUCCCAUCAUCUUCUUCCGCCUGCCCUGCUUUGUCCACUCUUUCUCUCCUUCUGAAUCAGGACAUGGGUCUAGAGCACCAGGGGCAGCAAAGGUUAGACAAAAAAGAAAGAGCAAAAAGUGCUUUGAGAUAGUCGCCUAGAUAGCAGCUGAACCUGGAGCGCCAGGCCAUACAGUGUGAGAAAAAACAGUCAACAGAAGAAGCUCAUCUGGAGAACAUGAAACUAUGCGCCCUUUGAAGACGAUGGGAUUUGCUAGAGAAAUUGCAACUGGAGAAGUUAUUGCAGACAAUCACGACCCACAAGAUUAAUGUGUAAUUUAAAUUUUCUUCUGAUCGUGAUCCAUUAAUGCAUUCAUUUUGAGGACAUUGUUUACUUUUCUUUGAAAUGUUUCUUUCAUUAAAAAGCCUAUUUUAAGUGGUUUGUUUAAACUAAAGUUUCUUUAGCUGGUCCUAGGCCCAGAGAUUAAUUUUAUUUUGAAAUAUCUGGGGCAAUGGUGAUGGGAAUCAGAGAACUGAAGUGGGAGAGGAAAGGCGAUUUGGGCAUUAAAAGGAUAAACUCUAAAGCAAAUGCAGGUGUCUUUUAUUCCUAAAAAAAAUGACAGAUACAACUUAUCCACAUUUAGGGAUAUUGUGUGAAGAAAAAAGAAACAUAGUGAUUUUGGUUUAAAAAAUUCCAAGUCUUGUUCUAAUCAUUCUUUGUAAGGGCUGACUUGUAAUGAAUAUGUACUAAGAGAUAUUUAUUGACUAUAUAGCAUCUUGUUUCAGAUGGAUUUAAAACCACUUACAAAGAUAGAUAAUACACAGAAAGAACACUUUAGUCAGAAUCAAGUGAGAAUAAAAGGGAAAACAAACAAAAAUGGAAAGACGAGGCUAAUGCCAAACUGUGUGGAUGCGAAUUCACAUGCACCUGUGCUAUCCAUGUACAGGACACACAUACAGGACAUAUACUUCCCUGUACCAGCACAUGAAAAAGAGCAUUUGCAAGUCAUUUAUCAUUGCACAUGAUGUUUGUGGUAAAAAAAAGAUUCCACAAACUCUGAAUAUACUACUUCUCUCUCUGCUACCCUGAAAGAGAGAUCAUGGAUAUUUUUCCCUUUUGUCUAUUUCACCCAUCCUCCCAUCCCUUCCCCAAUGCCAGCUGCCAGGCUCUUCUCUAUGUUUCAGUAUAUUUCUGUUUUGUUUGUUCAUUUUUUUGUUUUUUAGAUUCCACAUGUAAGUAAAAUCCUAUGAUAUUUGUCUUUCUC